CGAGACAGUAGUUGACCUUGGGAUCUUGAGAGCUCUUGGUGUCAGUGCGAGAGUGUCUCGAGUCAACGAUAGACUUUCAACCAGACAACUAUCGAAUUCAUUGAUUUUUACACCCUGGGUUUGAUAAAUAAAAUAUAAACCUCAGGAUUUGUGAGGAAAUUUAGGCGCUAUGACAAGAAUUUUAUUGACAUUAUUAGCGAUUUGUUACUGUGCCACAGUUAUAACGAUGGGAAAUGGUCAGCAUGUGGUGUUUCCAUUCGGAGGAAGUUCCAAAAAUCAGAGCGGCAAAAUAUCGAUAUUGACCGCAGGAAUUCCCAUCCGCAUCCCAGGCCAAUGUCCUCCCCACAUGGACAGAUUCCCACACCCUAGGAACGCCAGUUCCUGGUUUUGCGAUUGUGUAAAAGGGCGUCUCUAUUAUUCCCUGAACGACUCUUGCUACGAGCCCUACAGAAGGGGUCCCUGCAAGUCAUCGGAGUACCUCAUCCUCCCCCAGGACCAGGUGGCAUCCCGGUGCGUCCUGAACCCCUGCCGAGAGGACAAUCUCGUGCCCUUCGAGGGUGGCUGUCACCCACUGCACGAGAAAGAAGGUCCUUGCCAAGAGAACAACAUCCUCGGGGUCAACUCCACGACUUUUCAUAUCGAGUGUAUUCCCCUGGACCUUGUCCCCUUCAACAUCAUCGACCCUGGUGAGGACGAUGGAUGUCCCAGAGGCAGUAGAAGAACUGCCUACGGCAUCUGCAUACCUCCAUUGGAAUAAAACCCCCAAACUCCUGGCGAAUACUGAUGAAAUCAUUUUUAUCAUGACUUAAUUCAAUGACUUCUUCAAGCACUGAGAGAGAAAUUUCUAUUAAUAACUGCAAAAGACUUAUGCAAAAGACUUAUGCAAAAGAAAAAAUAAAUCUAGACGUAAUUGUGAUAAAUCAGUGUAA